GUGCUGUCGUCUUGUUACUGAUAAAGUUAUUAGUGAAAUUGUACAGCAUUGUUCAAACUUAGAAUAUCUUUCUAUAGUAGGCACAACCAUUAGUAAAGAUGCGCUGAGGAAACUUAGUUCAAAAAUUAAGAUAAAACAAGAUUCGGCACUCGAAAAAACACCAGAAGAAGAACUUAAUGACCUCCGGACAUCACUUGUUUAUUUAGCACAGAAUUUAUGGUUAACCUAUGCGAAUCUCGAAGAUAUUGUACAAUACUGCGAAGACAAGAUUAAAGAUGAACAUUAUCAAAAAUCAAUUGUGGAAUUGGAACGGGAUAUGAGAGGUACGGCUGAAAGUCUCAGUUUGAUGAGGUAA